AUGUGUUUGGCAAUUGUAGUAGGACGCGGCAAAACGUCGCUCGACCGCAGCGCGACGUUGCCGCGCCGCUCGCGGCACAGAGCGGCGAGCCGCAGCGGCGCCGCGCCGUCAACGCUGCGAGUGCGGCCACUCGGCCGCGGAACGCACGUGCGAGAGACGCGCGCACGGCCGCUCGAAGAGCGACAUGGCAUCGGAAUGACCCAAUCCCUGGACGUGCAGCUGUUCAUCUGCCAGGUGGCGAAGCACCCGGAGAUCUGGGACCUGAACAGCGAGGGCAACAGGCACAGGAGGAGCAAACAGCGCGCCUGGGCGCAGAUCGCGCGCGUUUUCAUGGCCGACUUCGACUCGAUGCCGGAUCGCGAGAAGCGGGAAGUGUACAAGAAGCUGCACGGCAAAUGGCGCAACAUCCGCGACUCGUACGUCCGCGACCUGAGGAGGAAGGAAGGCAGACGGGGCUACAUUUACGAAGAGCAGCUGGCCUUCCUCCAGGACCUGUACAGCAGCAGCAAGGGAUCAGGAAGCGAGGACCCCCGGGAGCACGGUGAGGCGGCACACCGGAAGCGGUCGGCGGGCAAGAGACACGAGCUCAGCGGAGCCAGCGCUUUGGCCAGUGCUGAACCUCCGGUCAUAGACAACCCAAGAAGGAGAAAGAGAGUGAACAAGGCUGAUAAGAUAGACUUCGUCGACACGCCGUGCCACGACCAUGGACGCAGCUACCCCGUAGAGGACGAGGAUAGGUCGUUCUUCGAGUCGCUUCUUCCCGCCGUCAGGGAGUUCGACGUGGACCGCAAACUGGAGUUCCGCAGCGAGGUCAUACGCCUCGUGAAGCAGCUGAGGAACUGCGAGGGGAAAACCAAAGCGGACCCGUCC